UGCGACUUGCUUUUGCAUUACUGUAGUGAAGGUUUAGGAUCGCAUGGUGUCAGUACAGUAAGACAAAAAAGUCUGAAUUGCAUGGGCUGGUCGUCAUUACAUCUCGGUUCAGCCCCUUCUUAGCUUCGGCAGUUCGCAAUUGACACAGUCGUUUCGGAGCUUCUUUUUUUUCUGCAACCUUUGGAAAUACUCCAUCUGUGGUCAACGUCUGUUGUAUAAGAGGGCGAAUAUUUUCACAUGUGGACGCUUUGUAUUGCCUCGUUAAAAUGCAGUUUUAUUUUGUGAGAGAUUGUUGAUGUUAUCGGACUUAACCAUGAAACAAAGAAGACACGAGAAACGAAUGGGUGCACGGUCUGUAGCUGGAUGUGUUGUUGCGGCGUUUUUGUGGAGUGUUGCUUCGGCGCAACUGAGAUAUUCGAUCUCGGAGGAAACUAACGAAGGGACUGUGGUUGGAAAUGUAGCAAAGGAUCUGGGAUUAGAUAAAAGCACUCUGAAAGACAGAAAGUAUAGAAUUGUUUCUCGUGAUGCUGAUCCUCUUUUCUAUGUGAGUCAAAACGAUGGUGUCCUAUAUGUGAGGCGGAAGAUCGACAGAGAAGAGGUAUGCGCACAGAGCAGUACGUGUUCAUUAAAUCUAAAAACUGUGCUCGAAAACCCGCUGGAGGUCCACUACGUUGGGGUGGAAGUGUUGGAUAUAAAUGAUAAUUCUCCCACUUUCACAGAGGAAAAGAAACGGUUGGAGAUUUCAGAAUCUGUGUUGCCAGGAGCGCGAUUUCAGCUGAAGCCUUCACGGGACUCAGACAGUGGUCCUUUCUCUGUGCAGCAAUAUAAACUUAGCCACAACGAUCAUUUCCGUUUGGAAGUGAGAGACAAAGGAGAAGACGGUAAAAUACCUAUACUGGUUUUACAAAAGUCUUUGGAUCGGGAGGCAGCAGAAAGACACUCCUUAGUCCUGACUGCCCUGGACGGAGGGAAACCUCCGAAAUCUGGCAACAUGAAUAUUGUUGUCAAUGUUUUGGAUGUAAAUGACAACACACCAGUUUUCUCUAAAGAUGUUUACUCAGUUCUGCUCUCUGAAAAUGCUCCAAUUGGCACAACUGUCAUCCAAGUGAAUGCAACUGAUCUGGACGAUGGCCAGAACGGAGAAAUAUAUUAUUCAUUUGGUAAUAGUGUAAGUAAUCAGUUAUUUGCGAUUUUUGAUAUCAAUCCAUCAACAGGGGAAAUAACAGUCAAGGGUGUUAUAGACUAUGAGCAAAAAGACAAGUAUGAAAUUGAAAUUGAGGCAUCCGAUAAAGGCCUUGCUCCUCUAACUACAGAAAAAAGCGUCAUUAUUAAAAUAGUUGACGUGAAUGAUAAUGCACCUGAGAUUGAAGUUACCUCAUUUUCUAGCUCAAUCCCUGAAGAUUCCAGACCUGGAACUACUGUUGCUCUUAUUAGUGUAAAUGAUUUAGACUCUGGUCUCAAUGGAAAAGUUAUUUGCUCUAUCGGUGAGGAUGUUCCUUUUGGCUUAUCAUCAUCAUUACAAGACAAAAUGUAUUCAUUAGUGACAAAAUCUCCUCUGGACAGAGAGCAACAGUCACAUUAUGACCUGACAAUAACUGCAAAAGAUGCAGGUCAACCUUCAUUAUCAUCUGAAAAGACAAUCAGUGUUGUGGUGUCAGAUGUGAAUGACAACAGUCCAGUGUUUUCACUCAGUCCAUAUACUUUCUAUGUCACUGAGGGGAAUGAUCCAGGAGCCUCAGUGUUUUCUGUUAAAGCUUCUGAUCGUGAUGAGAAUGAAAAUGCUGUCAUAUCCUAUCAUAUUGUCAGAGAUGGAAGUGAAGAUAAUAAAGUCACUUCAUUUCUAAACAUAAACUCUGAUAAUGGAGAUAUUGUGACGCUGAAAAGUUUUGACUUUGAAACGCUGAAAACUUUCCAAUUCCAAGUUGUUGCCACAGAUUCUGGAGCUCCGUCUCUCAGCACCAACGUCACAGUCACCGUGUUCAUUCUGGAUCAGAACGACAACGCUCCAGUCAUCCUGUAUCCACUCAGCUCCAACGGAUCUGCUGAAGGUGUGGAGGAGAUUCCCCGAAAUGUCAACGCAGGACACUUGGUCACCAAAGUCAGAGCCUAUGACGCUGAUAUAGGAUAUAACGGCUGGCUGCUCUUCUCACUGCAGGAACUCACUGACCACAGUCUCUUUGCUUUGGACAGAUAUACAGGACAGAUCAGAACACUUCGCUCAUUCACAGAGACAGACGAGGCUGAACACAAACUGGUCAUACUGGUCAAAGACAACGGAAACGUUUCACUCUCAGCAACAGCUACUGUCAUUGUCAAACUUGUGGAGCCCAAAGAGGCUUUUGCAGCGUCUGAUGUCAAAAGUGCAGCAAAAGUUGAUGAAGAUGACAAUGUGACAUUUUAUCUGAUGAUAACUUUGGGAUCAGUUUCUGUGCUUUUUCUCAUCAGCAUCAUUGUGCUGAUUGCAAUGCAGUGCUCCAAAUCCACAGACUAUACUUCCAAAUAUCUGCAAGAGACUAAUUAUGAUGGGACACUGUGUCACAGCAUCCAGUACAGAUCUGGAGACAAACGCUACAUGUUAGUUGGACCCAGAAUGAGUAUAGGAUCUACUAUAGUUCCUGGAAGUCAUGCAAACACUCUAGUGCUCCCUGACAGGAGGAGGGCAUCUGAAGAGGUAAGGUAGUUUAUGUAAAAGUCUUAUCUUUUCAUUAUCUCAGUGACCCAUCUAUAUUGACUGUGUACUGUUGGUUUGCAAUCAUACUAAAGUAGGACAAAUGACUGG